ACUGGUCCCAAGUUGAGUUUACUUGCUGUGCUGCUGCGUCGUGAGACAGUGGAUGGUAGAAGGACAAAAGUGUCUGAUUUGGGGGUCUGUUCUGAGAGAGCCACCUCACCUUCAUCCUUCAGUGUGUAGAAAAGGAAAGUGACGCGUUGAAAGGCUACUUUUCAAUGGACAGACGGACUUAAAGGAAAGUGCUAACUGGAUCAAGUCGGAGCAGGAGGAACAGGAGCUCCUCAGAUUGAAUUGAUCCUCCUUGGAUGUAUCAGAGAGGAGGGGACGUUUUCUCAUCGGAUCCCCUUUGGAAAUGAGCUACACGGCGGAUGUAAAGAAAGGUGACAGAAAUUCAAGAGGAAGAAUGAUAUCUGCAGGAAUCGGGUUGCUUUCAUCUCCUCUCUGAUUUCAGUCUUUUUAAGGGGUUGAUCAGUUACAUCCGAGCCUUUUAAAGAACCUUUUAAAUCACCUUAUCUAAUUUCCUUCCACUCCCCCCCACAACUCAGCUAGUUGAUCAUACUCAUUCAAGUUGAAAGAUUAGUUGCACAAAACUUGGAUUCAGCUGUAUUAUGGGAUGUCGGUGCUUGGCCUGUAAUUAAUUUUUAAACCUUUUCUUUUUUUAAUAUUCCUUUUCCGAUCUAAUUUGAUACAAUUGAGACUUGAACAUGGCCAUCAACACGGACACCGACUUCCUGAAGUCCAACUUAAGUGAGGGUGGAGGAGGCACUCAGGCAUCGGACCCCUACGAGACGGAGAAACUCCUGGCGCUGACCACCGAGCCGGGAGGAAAUGGGAUGAAGAUGUCCACCUCCUUUACGGUCAACAUGGACAGCGACAAGGGCCAGGAAGCAGACCUGAACGGCCACGGCGUUGCCGUGAGAUCGGGCUCCGCCGGACAGCUGGGCGCCGCCGCCCCCCUCUCCCCGUCCAAGGCCAGUCUGAGCCGCUCCUCCACCGGGAACGCUACAGUCCAGGAGACCCCGAAGCCCAAGGAUUACCUCAUCCUUGUUAUCAUGUCCUGCUUCUGCCCCGUCUGGCCCGUCAGCAUUGUCGCACUGGUGUACUCCAUCAUGUCCAGAAACAGUCUCCAGGUGGGGGACAUUGACGGAGCCAGGAGGCUGGGUCGACUGGCUCGUCUGCUCAGUAUCGUCUCCAUCGUCCUGGGCGUUGUCAUCAUCGUAGUCUACGUCUCACUUUCAGUAAGCUGACAUGGAGGACCUGAGGAGGAAAAUGAACCGUGAAAGACCACGGAUGCAAAGGAGGAAAAAGUUCAUUCCACAAAAAAAUAAAACAAAAAACAAUACAUACAAUUCCUAACUUAAUGCCAUAUUAUAUAAUUACAUCAUGACUGACCUCAGAAAGCAAAAAAAUAGGCAACUCAUGAAAGUAGGUACUGCAGCAAAUAAUCAAAUAAAAACAUACAGAGAAAAACAUCAGAGAUGCAUGCAAUAGAAUCCAGUAACAUUUGCUUGACAAAAAUAACACAAAAAAAACGGAUGUCAAAUUGUUCAGGUUAACAGAGGAAAAAGAAAAUGCAGAUCUGAAUGUGGCCAGCAGUACUCAUAAAUGUUUUUCUUUUGAAAAACGGACUUAUUAAAACGAAAAGGAUGAUUGAGAGAGUGAACAAGAGACAUUUUCUAAGUAUGUGGGCUCCUUAGAUUCUGGGUUUUGGGCUUCAAACUUCCGACAGCUGCAUUUAAUCCUCAUAUAUUCCUUACUGAACCUCUUGCAUUCAAAGCAUAUACAGCUACAAAUAUAUUUGAAAUAUGGAUAUAUGAAUAUCAAUAUAUAAAUAUAUAUAUAUAGAUGUACAUUUUAUAAAAUGUUUGUAUGCCAAGUGGUGCUGGAUUUGUUGACUGUCACGAUGGCUGCUUUGUCAGCCCUUGGAUUAUCAGUGGAAAUCCAAGGGUUUGUGAAAAGGGGCAGGGAACACAUUUUUUAUUUUUGUUUGUUGAACUCAAUAAAUAAUUGAGACCAACUGCAUGCCUGAAUGUAGAUAACCAAAAUUCUGCCUUCAUUUUGACUGUUAUUAGUUGUCUCUUUUCUUGUCGAGUUAGAGAGGCUAACAGUUUUGCACAUGGAAGAGUGAUUUGUGUACAUUAUGCGAGUCCAGCCCUCCCACUCCCCCCGCCACACACACGUUUUGUCUCCAGAAUCUCUUGAACCUUGCCUUGCUCUGGCAGAGACUGUACACGCAUGCCAAACCUCCCAAAGUCCUCUUUGCCUUUCACAUCCUCCAAUUCAACACCACAAACCUGAUUUAGUGGCUGCUGUCCUACAUCCUAUACCCUUGAAACUCCAUUUUACAUAUUACCUUAGAAUACCUUUCUACACCAUAGCUCCAUUUCCCAUUACCAUUCUUACAUUGCAAUACAGUGACUGUUAAAUGCAAUUGUUUCACUGAAUGUUUUCUCCUUGUAUUGGUAUGAAAUGUAUUUAUAUGGGAAUAUAUAUAUAUAUAUAUGCAAUAUGUACGCAUGCUUUGGGCCAAACAGGCUUACACUCAUUUCUUUUUUGUAAGUGAACAGGCCUUUGUGUCUGGCUAAGUAACAACAAAUAGCAUUUAAAGAACUUUCUUUGAAAUCCAAGCACGGCAGAUUGUCUGUAUUUGUCACUUCUUCAGAGAGAAGUCACUGUGGCUACACAGGACUGUUGUAUUGACACAUUACAGGCUUAUACUACAAGCACAGGUAACACACUGCAAGACCAUGUAGCAUUAUUUAAAUCUCUAGCUUUUCAUUUCACCAUUAAUGCUUCAUUUUUUUAUCUUGGACAAUUUUUUGAAGGAAUAUUGGACAAAGUCUAUUCAAAGUGAUCAAAUGUUUUUUUAAGGGCUAAUACAAGUGAAACAAGAAAAACACCAGCUAAUUUUGACUGAUGAGGGAUGUAAUGUAUCGGACUAUAUAGCUUAACACAUUCUACCAAGUUCUAAACUGAACAUCAUCAAUGUAAGUGUGAACAACUGCAAUCUGUAAUGUAUCAACACUAAUGCACGUUUUGUGUAAAAUGUGCUUUUAUCAAUUCUAUUCUGAUUCAUAGGUGUACAUAAAAGUCACAUUCUUUGACCAGACAUCUAAAAGCAGCAAAAUCCAAAGAUUCCCCAUGUUUACUACCAAACUAAUACAUGUUACAUUACAUUGUUGCCAAUAUUGCAACAUGUGUGUAAUUUAUGUAGAAACAAGUAUAGUUUACUGCUCUAGUGUUUCUAACAUACACAUUUUCCAUCGCUGAAACUGGUGUUUAAGAGCCAAAUGUCUCGCCUAUAAGCUCUGCUCUGUCAGUAAAACAGUUCAAACCUUUGUUUUGGUCUGAUACAAUACUGUGUUUCUUUUCCAGUAUACUAUAUGUGCCAGUUUUCCUCUCUGUGGUGUACAUUUUGCAUGUCUGGAAUAAAUGUUACCAUGCAUGGUC